UUUUUUUUUCUUUUUUUUCUGACUCGUCCCGAGAGUAUUUAUACCGGCCUGUCCUCCUCCUCCAGUCCUCGCUAUCCUUCCUCACCACCGCUCUCCUCUCCAGCACUACUCCGCGUUCUGUAUACCCACCCUCGCAAUGGCUAUCACUACUCUCAGAUCAACCGAGAAGCCCUCUCGCCCUCAGAACAUCACCGUUCUUGGAUUGCCCGAUGGUCUCCGCAACCACUUCGUCGCCAUGGUCGGCGAGUUCUGCGGCACCUUCCUCUUCCUCUUCUUCGCCUACGCGAUCGCCCAGGCUGCAAACUCCACCACUGACGCUAUCUCGACCCCCAACCCCGCCCAGCUCGUCAUGAUCUCAGCCGGUUUUGGUUUCUCGCUCGCCGCUAAUGUCUUCACCUUCUUCCGUGUCUCGGGCGGCCAGUUCAACCCUUGCGUCUCGCUCUCGCUCGCCCUUGUUGGUGCCAUCUCCCCCAUCCGCGCAGCCAUCUGCUCGUUCGCUCAGAUCGUUGCUGGUAUUGCUGCUGCUGCCGCUGUCGACUCCCUCACCCCGGGACCGAUUCUCUACGCCAACUCUCUCGGUGAGGGUGUCUCCAAGACCCGUGGUCUCUUCCUUGAGAUGUUCAUGACUGCCCAGCUCUGCAUCGCCGUCCUUAUGCUCGCUGCCACCAAGCACCGUUCGCGUCCCAUGGCUCCCCUUGGAAUCGGCUUGGCCCUCUUCAUCGAUCAUUUGGUCGGUGUCUUCUUCACCGGUGCUGGUGUCAACCCCGCGCGCUCGUUCGGCCCCGCCGUUGUCAUCCCCAGCUUCCCCGUUUACCACUGGAUCUACUGGGUCGGCCCCAUCCUCGGUGCGAUCAUCGCCGCCGGUCUCUUCCACUUCCUCAAGUUCUUCCACUACGAGACCACCAAUUCUUCUCAGGACGACGAUGGAUUCGCCGAGAUCGAGGAGUCUCUCAAGUCGCGGGUUUAAAUCUACAAUGCGUUUCUGAACUAUGUCGGGGUAGAUAUUGUAAUGAAUGGCGUGGAAUCUGAUUUUUGCAUAUCGGUUUAGCAUAAAAAUGUGUUCUUGUAUCAAUUGUAAUAAUAAUAACUAUACUAAUUAUCAUAAUCAACAAAAC